AAACAGAGGGGAUGAGAGGCUGCCCGGCUGGAUGGGUACAGGUCCUCCCUAUGGCCCUCAUCAGCCCGCGGGGACUUGCCCUGCGUGCUCAACCUGUGACAGCUCUGCUCAGAAUGCCUCAGGGCUGAGCACAUCUGACAACCUCCUAUGUGGCUCCUCUCAGGCAAGGAAGCCUUGGUCAAAGCAUUUGGCCACACCUGUGCCAUUCACAGCUUCUUCAGCUGUCAGCAGGAAGGAGGAAGGAAAGGAGGAAGAGAGACAGAGGGAGGGAGAAAAGGGAGGAAAGAAGGAAGGAAGGAAGGAGGCUGCAUUCAGCAUUUACCUCCAGCAGCUGGAGCCAGAGCAGCUGAUAGUCACCGUGGGAGACGCUCGCCAUGUCCUCGCCAGGCUCCACCACCUCUUUGCCCAGCGGCCUGUCUGUCCUGACGACUUUCCCAGAUGUGCUCUUCAUUCCUGAAAUUAUCUUUGGGGGCCUUGUCUGGAUCCUGGUGGCAUCCUCAAAGGUCCCGCUCCCCAUGGUGCAAGGCUGGGUGAUGUUUGUCUCUGUGUUCUGCUUCGUCAUGUCCACCAUCCUCCUGUGCCUCUACAUCUGCAGCGUGCAUGGGGGCAGCAGCUUCUGGGUCACCUUGGAUGCCAUCUGCCAGUCAACAGCAGCUCUGUUCUACCUCAGUGCUGCUGUGUUGGAGGCCUACUCCACCUAUAUCUUGGGUUUCCCUGUGACACCAGCGAACAGAUACCGGGAGAACAUUGCUGCGGUGGUAUUUGCAUUCUUAGCUACCCUGGUGUACGUGAUCCAUAAGGUGUUCUCGCUCCUGCGAUGGAAAUCAUCCUAAGAGCCUCCCCUUGCAAGUGUGUCUUGUGGUCACCCCAUGAACAUGGAAGUUGUUCAAUGACUGCAGUUUCCAGGCUGGUUUUGGGUUCUGUUUUUUAAUGUAAAUACUAUAAAACAAGAAGCUUUUAAUGUGGGACCAUGGCAAUGAAGACAAAGAGCCUACCAGAGUAAGCCAUAUCCUGCACAAUCUGUUUCACUUCACCCUCUUCUUGGUUGGUACAGUUUGAUGCUGGUAACUGGGGACCAAAUAGAAAACAUCCAGUUUUAAAAAGAAUAAUAUAGUUGGGUUCAAAGUGCUAAAAUCUCCCUGAACCAUACCUUUAUGCCUCCAGGAUUGCAAUUUCAGGGGAAGCCUGCACAACCAGCACUAAGGAGCAUGAGUAUGACACCUUAUAUAUAAUUGCCGCCUGUCCAUGUAAGCCUGUUUCCCUCCCUAAACCUGCUGUGCCAAAAGAACAUUUUCCUAGAGUUUCUGGAAGUGUCAUCUCUGUGAUGAGAAAUGGGGGCAAAAUUUAACUUGCCUCAGGGCAAUACAAGUUAUUGCAACUCCUGGAAGCGUAUUGCUGAAUUAUGAGGCACAACCAUAAUGCCAGGAAUUACCGCUGUCUUUCAUUCCCUUACAGCUUAGAAGGUGCUCAGUAGACUGCAGGAGAAUUGUAUGGAUUAUUAGAAUAACAUCUUGAAUAAGCAGAGGCAAUCAACUUGGUUUUGGUGCACGGCUGCUCUCGCAUACACCAGUGCUGUGUUGCUGUAAUGAAGAUGAGUUUGGCUGCGGUUUUGCAGAUAGGCGAGAGUCUUCUGCUGUUCUCCCUUUGUUGCACACAGGUACACAGCCCUGUACAGCCUCAGAAGCACUGCACUGUAACAGGGCAAUGCCAAGGGAGGAGGCACAGACUUCAGCACGAGUGAGAGGGCUCUUCUGGCAAGGGAAGCCUACGGGGCCAGGGGCUAAACCAGCUCAGGGACAAUGUUCACCUGAAUGCUUAAAUGACUCCAGAGUUAACUUGAGCAAGUGCUGGGUUUGGCUGGGGUAGAGUUAAUUUUCUUCACAGUAGCUGGUACAGGGCUGUGUCUUGGAUUUGUGCUGGAAACUGUUGAUAACACAGGGAUGUUUUUGUUAUUGCUGAGCAGUGCUUGCACAGAUUCAAGAGUUGUUCUGCUCCUCAUACCAUGUACCGGUGAGGAGGCUGGAGGUGCAGAAGAAGCUGGGAGUGGACACAGGCAGGACAGAUGACCCCAACUGACCCAAGGGAUUUUCCAGACCAUAUGUGGUCAUGCUCAGCAUAUAAAGCUGGGGGAAGAUGGAAUGGGGGAACAUUUGGAGUGAUGGUGUUUGUCUUCCCAAGUAACCAUUACAUGUGAUGGAGUCCUGCUGUCCUGGAGAUGGGAAGCAGUGAAUGAAUUCCUUAUGUUGCCUUGGUUGUGUGUAUGGCUUUUGCUUUACCUAUUAAACUGUCUUUAUCUCAA